ACUCUGGAGGAAUGCAUCAUCCCCAUCCAAUGUUGUAAACACUUUAGCAUUGACCUUCCACUGUUGAUUGGUCUUGGACAUCCGCCAUGUGUUUUGUUAGCUUGUUUUUUGUGUGUGAGCAGUCACUGGAUGACUGCAGCACUGGCUAUUUGGACAAACAUGACGGCACGCUUGGCCUCAGGAGUGAUGAAGCAUGAGUCAACAGUGAAAUGGCCAAGCAGACAUUUUCACAUGGCACUGAUUUGUGAUCGAGGGCCCUCGUAUUCAUUAACAUAAUACGACACUAAAUAUGAACAGGACGUUGGGAAAUAGUGAAUCUGGCUUGAAAAGAUUGUUCAGAUCUAUAGCAAAUAGAAGCGGUUUCACAGUGGCUCAUAUUCAUUGCGAGGAUUAACAUCAUGAAUUGAACAUAUGGAUUUACAUCUGUAAAAAAAGUGCACAAGGCAAAUGCAAUUAAAUAAUGAAAUUAGAAUACAUUUAUAUGAACAUUAUAUUUUUUACAUUUAUUUUUAAUAGAAUUAGAGUAAACCAGUGUCAGCUAUGGUCCUGUGAAGUAACUCUGUAUUUUACUGAUGACACUAGGUGGCAUCAAAUUACUGCAGUUGGGAUCUACUACUUCUGUCUGUGGCGCUCUGCAUGCAAGACUAACGAGGUCUGAGUUAAUGUGCGUUAUGUCGUCACGUUUGAAAAUAAAAACGACCCACACACUUACAGCCUCGGACCUCAGUCUUCUAGUCAAACGGCAGGUGCAGCACACACGCAAACACAGAGAGACAGACAGACUGAGCGAGAGAGAGAGAGACAGAGGGAGAGAGCGAAGGUCCGAGCUCGCACGUCACUCAGCGGGGUGCACCGACAGCCAACAGCGGUAAUCCAGCUGGAGCUACGCGCCGCUGCUCCCAGACCAGCUUUUCCUGACGCUAACUCCGCCCAAAGCACACACGUCACGGAGCCACGGUCCCGUGACGUGAGCACGCACCACUCUCCUCCUCCGUCCCGAAGCGAAGCAUCAUCAAAAUCAUCAUCCAUCUCUCUCUCCCUCUCUCGCUCCCCCUCCGUUGUCUUUUUAAUGUAACUUCUGACUGAUCGGGAGAGCAGGGAGCGUCUGGAAAGCCUGGUCCGGCGACUGUAUCUCUGAUGAAGGAUCAGAUCUCUUUAAAGCUGCCCACACAGGACUGAAAGGAGCACACUCUCUCUAUAUAUUUUGGGAUAACGCUGCUUCCCCUUGUGGAUUUUGACUCGACGUUGUGUGUAUUUAUAUUUUCCUCUGUGGAUGUUAUAGUGCAUUAUCUCGGUCUGAAUGAAGCUUUCUUUUUGGAUUUCCGCCGCGCCGACGCUGUUUCUGGGUGACUGCCCAUUAUUUACUUGUGAGGUCGCGCGUAAUAAUCUUAUUUCCGUCAUCUUAUGAGCUUUAUUUAAAUGUUAAGGCGCAUAUUGCAUUUCAGUCCGUCAAACAAUGCCACGUUUCGCCUGAAUGUCUAUUAGCGGUUCACGCUGACAAGCGGCUAGUGUGCGUUAAUUAUUUGCGUAAAAUAGGAAAGUUGGGCGCGCAAAGUUUUGGAGACGGUCGAUAUGGCGAUGGUGGCGUGGAGAAGCGCGGAGGGGGCCGGGGACCCUCAGGGCACCCUCUCCUCCCCGGUGUCCCAGGUCGCGCCUCUGUCGCUGCCCGGGGAGCUCUCGGGACACAUGAACCCCGCGUCCUCCCUGGAAGCACCCCCGGCGGCGGCACCGCCGGGCCCCCAGCCGCCGAACCCGUCCGGCGCCACCGCCAACAGCAUCAACAACACGUCCUCGUCGUCGUCGUCGUCGUCCAUGGACAAGCAGCAGAGCCAACACAUCGAGUGCAUCGUGUGCGGGGACAAAUCCAGCGGGAAGCACUACGGACAGUUCACGUGCGAAGGAUGUAAGAGCUUCUUCAAGCGCAGCGUCAGGAGGAACCUGACCUACACCUGCAGGGCCAACCGGAACUGCCCCGUGGAUCAGCACCACCGCAACCAGUGCCAGUACUGUCGCCUCAAGAAAUGCCUCAAAGUGGGCAUGAGGAGGGAAGCUGUCCAAAGAGGCAGGAUCCCGACCCAGUCGUACCACGGCCAGUUCGCCCUGACUAACGGGGACCCCCUGCAGUGUCACUCCUACCUGUCGGGAUACAUCUCUCUGCUGCUGCGGGCCGAGCCCUACCCGACCUCCAGGUUCGGCUCCCAGUGCCUGCAGAACAACAACAUCAUGGGCAUAGAGAACAUCUGCGAGCUGGCGGCCCGGAUGCUCUUCAGCGCCGUGGAGUGGGCCCGCAACAUCCCCUUCUUCCCGGACCUGCAGGUGCCGGACCAGGUGGCCCUGCUCCGCCUAACCUGGAGCGAACUGUUCGUUCUGAACGCCGCUCAGUGCUCCAUGCCCGUCCACGUCGCGCCGCUCCUCGCCGCCGCCGGACUCCACGCCUCCCCGAUGUCUGCGGACCGGGUGGUGGCCUUCAUGGACCACAUCCGGGUCUUCCAGGAGCAGGUGGAGAAGCUCAAGGUGCUGCACGUGGAUUCGGCGGAAUACAGCUGCAUCAAGGCCAUCGUACUGUUCACCACAGAUGCUUGUGGGCUGUCGGACGUGGCCCACGUGGAGGGUCUGCAGGAGAAGUCCCAGUGUGCUUUAGAGGAGUACGUGAGGAGCCAGUAUCCCAACCAGCCUAACAGGUUUGGGAAGCUGCUGCUGCGCUUGCCAUCGCUUCGCACUGUCUCUUCUUCUGUUAUAGAGCAGCUUUUCUUCGUCCGUCUGGUGGGGAAAACGCCGAUAGAGACUCUGAUAAGGGACAUGCUGCUGUCUGGGAGCAGCUUCAACUGGCCUUACAUGCCUAUUCAAUAGUGGAGAAAGCUGCAGUGGUUCCACUGAGGUCAGGGAAAGUCCCACCCUUCACAUCAGUUCAGCUGCUGCAGCUUAAACUUUCCGAUGCUUUGAACAAGACAAAAAAAACUGCCAGUGGGAUAAAAUAUUUACAGUUAAUUUAGUUCAACAAUAUUUAGUUUCCUGAUCUUCAGAACGAUUCCGCUCAUUCUGAGUUGCAUUCCUGUGUGACUAGAAGCUCCAACGCUCUCGUGGGUGACGUGAGUCGAACCCACUGGCGGAAUUUUUUUAUUGUUCAAGGAAAAACCAUAUUCACCAGAUGAGUCGACUGGUUGUGACGGACAUUUUUUGCAGUGUGGUAAACACUCCCGGUCUAUCGUUUUGAAAUAACAAACAAUAUUUAUUGGACCUUGUGUGUAUAUUUAUCGUGCUUGUAAAUUAUGUUUUGGCUCCUGUUUUUAAGACGUUCUAUGUAUUUUUGCCCCAGCUAGUGAGACAACUGCAGGGAUUGUCUGGUGUGGGUCUGUUUUUGCAUUUUACUUUCUUUAGUUUGUUUCUUUCAUAUUUUCUGGACAUGGCACUUUGGACUAAACAACAUUUCAGAAAGAUUUAACACAAGCGUAUGUAGGUGUGUGUGUGUGUGUGUGUGUGUGUGUGUGUGUGUGUGUGUGUGUGUGUGUGUGUGUGUGUGUGUGUGUGUGUGUGUGUGUAACCCAAUGUCAUCUGACCGAUUUGCGAUAAUGUGUACUGACAGAAAGGUGAGAUCACUGCCCUGUUAUAUUUUUGUAUUUGCAUUAUUGUCACACAAAGACUGCAAAAUAGAGCAAAAACCAUUUGGAACAUGUCGAACAUAUGAUUGUCAGUUUUAGGUCGUAAUGCAUUUGUUGUUAAUCACUGUUUAUGUGGUUUCAUUACGUCAAUACGACAAUAAUUCUUUCUAAUUAGAAAUUGUAUUGAUGAUGAAGCUCCACCAGCUCACAUCAGUCUGAUGUUUGCGUAGUUUUUCGAAUUCUUUGACGCUCUUAAGUUACAGAUUCUAGUGAUGAUUUUCCGGAUUAAUGACAGAUGCAUUACACCGCACUCCUAUUUGAUUUGUAUUUCCGGUUUUUGUACGCUGUCUCAGAGAGAUUUGAAAAGCACCGGGCCUGAUGUAUAGCUGCAGUUUCCUAAUGUGAUGAAUAAACCCCCAGGUAACAAAUCUGUUUCAUUAUGAUCAUGCAUUUAUGAGCCCAGGCUGCUUAUGGCACAAGAGACCGCUGCAGGGUAAUGCUGAGUGUGUGUGUGUGUGUGUGGGUGUGUACAUGUACUGUAUGUAUGAGUGUGUAUUUGUGUUUACUUCUUUUUGACAACCACUCUAAUGUACUGUGAAAGCAUAUUGGUUAACAUAUUGGUACCGUAUUAAAUUAUAACUCAAGAUUUAUAAAUAAAGUGUAUUUGGUUUAUUUUA